AUGUUGCGCCCUUUGCAGGAGGUCCAUGUCAUGGGCAGGCGACGAAGCUUCGGAAACGAGGCAGAGCCACAAGAGUUUCACCUGGAGGACCCGAAGGAGCCAAACGACCCAGAAUUGAGUCGUGGGCCUACCUUGGUUAGCCACAUUAGUGAUGAAAGCUCAGUGAUGCCCUUGCCGAGUCACUUGGAGGAAGAAGAAGCAGAAGCUGAUGAGAUGUGGGAUAUGGACUGGACGGCUGUUGCAGGGGCGUCCCGAGGUCCGGUGCCGCCUUUUCAUCCUCCUCAUAGAACUGAGCAGAACACUGCUCAGACACGUAUGAUGGACGAGGAUCAAGGCGCCCAGAUCUCCAAUGGAGGUCGCUGA